AUGGCAGACAUCGACGAACAAGUAACCAAAGCCAUCAACGGCGACCUCGCUCACAGCAGCAGUGACACACUCACAAGAGAACCUUCUAAGCCUGUAGGCCCGCAGAUGUCCGAAGUCGCCACCCCAGCAUCCAAACCCGCCGCCCCGCCCACGCUAUCAGAGGAUGAACUCGCAAUACUUGCCAAGCUUGCUGACUCUGCGUCUCCUGAAGGUCUCCCUUCUUGGGAAGAGGAGCUGCAGCCCAUGCUAUUCCGUCGUCUCGUGCACAAUGUCUAUCGUUUUGUUUAUGACCAACCGACCAACGCCGCAAACCGGACAGAUAUACCCAAGACAACGUUCGGCCUCGUCUUCAGAGGGUUCGCCCCCAGAGGACCACCCAGUCCGAGGAACACUACUGUACGGCUCCCCGUGCUGCUGGAGGGUGAGGCAUUACAGAAAGAGGUAGACAAACUCCGUUCGAUGCUGGAAGAGUUUGACGAGGGACCUCCAUUCACCAUCCAGCGGUUAGCAGAACUCUUAUUACAUCCAUUCCACGAGCACCAUCUGGUCGGCAAGUAUCUGCGUGCUGUACAGCGCGUUUUGUCCGUCGCUAGCUCGUUCGACCCCCAGGUGUAUGCUCCACUAACAAACGACUCUCAGCCAGUUGCGUCGAGUUCAACAGCAGCAGCAACUCCCUCUACACCCUUCCAGCUCGCGUCUACUCCUCUCUACUCGCCCAUCCCGUUCCUACGUGGUAGAGAACUUCCUGUGCGUUCACCACGAAAGAAUUCUUCCCCGCCUUUGUCACCUUUGGACAUUGUCCCCAGACGCAGCCCAAACACGUCUCCUCGCGGGUCACCACGUAUGCCAGCAAGGCGUGGAGGUCCACGCGUGGCCACCUCGGCAAUGUCGAUGGCUGCGCAGACUCGAAAACGGGCGAACUCUUUGUCUUCCUCCAGCUCGCCUGCCGUUCUUUCGCCGACUAUUCCCUCUCCCUCCGACUCCAAGCAUUCCUUGCCAGAAGCUUUCACAUUAUCCCUUCCCACACCCGAGCUCACCCCAUCCGGUCCCGGCUCAGGCAGCCAAAAACACUCUCUGACUCCACCUCCGAUAUCCCCACCGAUGGGGCCGAGUCCUACACGCGUCGACGAACUAGACAACCCAGAGUCGCACAAGCUUCUCUUAGCCGAGCCGGUCGCCCUGAGUAGCGUGACAACUGGGAGAGUCAAAGUUCGCAGUCCAGAGCUCAAGCUGGCAGAGAUGGCAGCAAUACUGGAUGUGAUACACGCUGCCAAAGGCUCUGCGCGGUCCACGAGCGAAGACCAGCCAGUGACUGGGUUGGGUCUGAGUUUAGGAGAGAGGUUCGUCCCUUCUAGCGUGGAAGAGGAGAAGCCAAUGGAGGAGACACAAGACGUGAACGAAGGGAAUGAAGGGACUGGAAGUAACGGUAGUGGGGAAGCAGAAGAAGGGGAGGUCGAACGAAUGGUCAGCGAAGAAAGGGAAAUGGAGGUCGAAGAUCUGCCGGCAGAUGAGGAUGGCUGGGAGGUUGUGCAAAUGCCUGAGAAGGAUGAGGAAAUGAAGGAUGAUUGUUGAAUGAUUUCGGGGCGAUGUACAAUGAACUGUAUUCUGUUGAUGU